UUUGUGUCUGCGCUCUCAAAAAAAUAAAAAAACCCUAACUUCCCAAACGCGCACACUCUCUCUCGCUCUCUAUCCACCGCUCAUAUUUUCUCUCUCUAAAAUUCGAGCUUCUCCGAUGGAGACGGCAGAAAACGGUGGUGGUGGCGUUGGCAAGAUAAUUCGGAAGCAAACUCGUCGAUAUUCCAAAACGACGCCGUAUGAUCGACCUCCCACCGCAAUCAGAAUUAAUAACAAUAUCAGCAAUACUCAUAACCCUAGCUUAUUAUCAAAGCUUGUAAGCCCUGCGUCUCGGCUAAUUUACGCCGGUGCCGAUAAGCUUUUCGGCGCUUUUCGUAAGCGCCUUCCUGCUAUUGCACCACCAGAGCCUAGUGCAGAACCAAAGAAUGGGUUUCAGGCGGCAAAGACAAAUGUCGGAUCAAAGGAUUUCGUUGGCGUAUCAGAACCUAUUACUGAUGAAGGUGGGAAUUUGGCUAGCAGCUCUGCUGCCACCGAUAUAUCAGAACUUGAGAAUAUGCUGAAACAUAAGAAUUUUACUAGAUCUGAAAUCGAGCGUUUGACAGCAUUGCUGGAUUCGAGGACUACCGAGUCAGGUGUUGGUGAAGGGGAUAAAGCGAAGCUUCCUAACUCACCUCAUAUUUUGCGGCUUGAAGCAUCCACAAGUGGGACAUUGAACAAGCCUGCAGAGGAGACGGAAAACUACAAUGCUGCUAUAUCAACUCCCGUUCUUCAUUCAAGAAUCUUUGAAGAGGAUAUUGCCUCACCUGCUGAGCUGGCAAAGGCUUUUAUGGGGAGAAGGCUUGCCAAAGUAUCGCCGUUACCCUUUAGGUCGAGCAGUCAAGCACCAAGACACGAUUCAGUGUUGCUUAAUAGCACGACAAUCCUCCCAAGGACACCUAGCACGUCACUUGCACCAAGGACUGCCGUCACGGGCUAUGCAAAUAGUUUGACAACUCCGCGAUCUCGAGGCAGAUCAGCAAUAUACAAUAUGCCACGCACACCAUAUAACAGAGGGCCUUCAACUUCCAGCCAAAAGGUUGCGACUUCGCCCUUGCUUCUAUCAUCUCAACCUGCUUGGGAACAUGAAGGGACAGUUGAAUCAAGCAAGAUGGCUGUUAAGCGCAGGAGUUCUGUACUAGAUGAUUUUGGCUCUAGUGGCCCUGUUCGUAGAAUUCGACAGAAAGCAAAUCUUCCAUCUUAUGGAAGUUCUCUCCUAAAACAUAGAAGUGAACUCGUUUCAAGUCAAAAAGCUCUUUCAAGGCCUGAACCCGAGUCAAAAGCUUUCAAAGGAGUAGAAGAAAAUGGGGAGACCAGCAAGCGUAAUCUGGGUUAUGCUUCUGUUCCUACGGAGUCGAUUCAAAUGGCUUCAAAAAUAUUUGAACAACUGGAAAGAAUGAGCCCGAAGGAAAAACCUUCAGGAUCCAGACUUGCUCUUGGAAACCUGGAAAAAGUAGAUUCACCAAAAUUUUUGCCAAGCUCUGAAGAUCACCGGAAAUCAGAAAGUCAGCAUCGCACCCCAGAGGCAACGUUUCAAAGCAAAGAUAAAUUUGAAGAAACUGGGUUAAAAGCAGCUGUUUCUCGUAAUGGGCAUAGCCUGAUCAACAGAAAUUCUACAGUGCCAGUAGGAGGUAAUUCUCUUAUUAUUGCGAACACCGAUUCCUCACUGAAUCCGACAGCCGAGCCUCCUCAGAAGAAACGGGCUUUUCAGAUGAGUGCACAUGAGGAAUUACAGGAGCUAAAUACUGACAACCAUUCUAAUGGGCAUGUAUCCACCCCAUUGGCCGAAUUUAAGAAACCAGCAAUAUCUGUAAAUGCCAACAAGGAUGAACCGUCUUUUAUUAAUAAGCAGACGGGAUAUAAUUUUCAUACCUCACGUCCAUCAAGUAGCAAUAGUCAGCCAGCUGAGUAUUCUCAAUCAUUCUCUAUUCGGGAUACGGUUGUCCUGCGGGAGGCAACACCAGUUUGCACUAGCACUGAAAGUGUUGCAAAUGUGUCACCAUCUUUGCUUUCUGUUAUGGAGCCCUCGGAAGUCAAAUCAAACAUUAGUCCAGAUGCAAAGUCACUAGGCUCAACCAGCAAUUUUAAUUCGCGUAUGGAAAAAGAUCACUGGCAAUUUUCAGCAUCCAAUAAUAAUGACAAUGGAAACACUCAGAAGUCUACAAAUAUGUUAGGUAAAGAACAUACUUUAAUUUCUGCCAGUCCUACAACAGCAUCCACCAGUGGUAUUUUCUCCUUUAGUCACUCAACCAACAAUACAAGUAUUGCCAGUCCUACACCAGCAUCCACAAGUGGUGUUUUCCCAUUUGGUGGCGCAACCAAUAAGACAAGUAUUGCCAAUGGGAAUCCUGCUUCGAGCUCUUCUACUUUUGCUUCAUCGACUUCUAUCCCUGCUGUUGGUUCUAAUGCAAAUCAGAUGUUCAGUAGUAGCCCUACCAACAACGCCACACUGAUCACCACAGGUAGCCUAGCUGGGUUCAGUUCUCCAGCAGUUGCGUCAACUACCAAUGAGUCUCAGCUAAAGACACAGAAUUCUACUGCUGUUAAACAGGCUGUUCCUGUCAACUUUGGCACUUCAUCUUCCUUUGUUUUUGGGACUGCUAGGACCACAUCAUCUACUUCAGGGAGUGCCACUGCUCCUAGUUUUGGACUUAGUUCCGCUAUUGCCUCAUCAGAUAUCAAGUCUGGUAGUUCCACCAGUAAUUCUCCCUCCAACUUAUUUGGUUCUGGUUUCAGUUCGACACCUAGUUUUGGUCUUAGCUCUACUGUUGCUUUAUCAGAGACCAAAUCUGUUGGUUCCACCAAUGUCUCCACCACAACUGCUUCGUCACCUCCGCAGUCCUCUGUUUCUGGCUUUACAGCACCCUUUUCUUUUGGGGUGUCUUCUACUACAUCCAUGCCUUCCACCAGCAGUUUACCUAUCAUGUUUGGAUUAUCUAAUGCAGGUACUUCUACGGGAUCUUCCAUGUUUUCAAUUAAAGCAACAGGUGCUGCAAGUUCAUCUUCCCCAGCUCCUGUAUUCGAACACACAACUCCUGCUUCUGGAACUGUACCCAACAAUAAUGAUCAGAUGAACAUGGAAGACAGUAUGGCCGAGGAUAUUGUUCAGACACCCAGUCAGACUUCUGCGUUUGCUCAAGCUUCGUCUGGUACACCGACACCAGGUUUCGUAUUUGGCUCAGGCACCUCUACAUCAUCAACGACACCUUUUCAAUUUGGUGGGCAGACAAACCAAGCACCAUCUCCGAAUCCUUUUCAAGCAUCAUCUCCGAAUCCUUUUCAAGCACCUUCUCCGAAUCUUUUUCAAGCACCAGUUCAGAAUCCUUUUCAAGCACCAUCUCAGAGUCCUUUUCAAGCAUCUUCUCAGAAUCUUUUUCAAGCGUCAUCUCAGAAUACUUUUCAGGCGUCUGGUAGUGCAGAGUUCAGUGCAGGAGGAAGUUUCUCAUUGGGCUCUGGCGGAGGUGAUAAGUCUGGCAGAAAGUUUGUCAAAGUUAAACGAACGAACAAAAGAAAGUGAGCGUUAAUUGAACAUGUGGGAAUAUAGUUUCUGGGGGCGCCUAAGAUUUUACAUGAAAGAAUCACAUUUUAUGGCUACUAUGUUAGUAUUGAGGGAAGGCAUGACAUUAUGCAAUAUCUACAUCCUCCAACAGAUAAUAUUCUGAUUUUUUUGGAGGAAAUUUACUGUAACUUGCUAUUGUAGGAUGGAUACUUCAGAUUUCAUGAUGAAUUUUUUAGUCUGUGUACCCAUGUAAAAACAUACAAGGUAUAAACCACCUUUGAUUCAUAAUGCUAGUAUAUCUUGUAAUUCUGCAUUGAUAGUUAUACGACAUUCUAGAUUUGGUUAAGUUUUUGUAAAAUAUGCUUGUGCUGAGUUCA